AGUUACCAACAAUCUCGAAGGCAGAAGUCGAUUCUUCGUCCGUUCCGUGUGUUUUCAAGCGAAAAGAUAUCCGGCGUCCUGGACUUUUUCCGAGGAGACGUAAUAAUAAUCGAAUUAAAGAAUCGAAAAAUGAUCGUAUCUGAGGAAGCAUAAGCUUAGAUAAUGCGAGCAAACCCCGGUUCUGACCUCUAAUAAUUGUCACUUGAUCACACAGUUGCGUCGUAAUACGCCGUAUCUUCGCCCGGAGCGAAUUUAAAUACUCCGUUAAACAUCAGACAGGAUGACCGACACUGCGGCGGUAGAAAAAGAGAAACACAUGAAACAAUUAAAACGUCAAAUGGAAUGCUGGCGUGAAGUAAUACUUCCAUUGAAUUCCAUUCUAUUAUGGGAACGAUCUUGGUACCCUGGGCUUAUACUUGGAAUAACAAGCACAAUAUUCUUUUUAAUGUGGGUGUUGGAACCUGCCUUUCUUACAAUAAUAUCUGUAUUCCUUCUUGUGUGGGCUUUGAUUGACUAUCUUGUACCACCAGUGACAUCUCUUUUGUGCACUGCUAAUGGUUGGACAGGCCAAAAGGAGAAAAAGUUGAAUGAGAUUUGUCAAAAUCUGUCUGCAACAAUCUUACAGUUACAAAGUCUUUGGGGAUCAAUGAUACAAAUAAGAAAUGAUCGUCCUAAUAUUUACUGUGCAGGAAUAAUAACUUGUCUUGUUAUUUGUAUGUGGAUUGGCAGUACAAUCAAUAACUUACUUCUAUUUUACAUUGCAGUGAACACAUUGUUACUUCUGCCAGGAUUCAGACAUAAAGGACAUGCAAUGUCAGCUAUAACAUUUGUGCGUGAUUAUUUGUUUCAUGCUAAAAAAUCAUAAUCUUCAUUUUGUAUGUACAAUCAUUCUUUCUCUGUAUUCUUUAUAAAACUUUUUAUCAGAGACAAAG